AUGCUACUCGGUGCGCCAGUGAGCUGGGGCAGCAAGAAGCAGCCAAGUGUUUCGUUGUCCACGACUGAAGCUGAAUGCAUCGCACUCAGCUUGGCGAUUCAAGAGGGCAAGUGGAUUCAUCGUCUGCUUUGUGAGAUCGUGAUGGCUGCCAAUGAAGAAGGACCGGAACUCAUGAUUCAUGAAGUCAAUCAGUCAUGUAUCAAGAUGACGAAGAACCCGGUCAACCACGGCCGUGCCAAGCACAUUGAUAUCAAGUACCAUCACAUCCGUGACGAGGUCAAGCACGGUGAAGUGAAGCUCAAGUACUGUGAAACUGCGGUGAUGUUAGCGGACAUCAUGACGAAGGGACUUCAUGGACCACGCCACAAGGAGAUGACGACGGCUCUCGGGAUUCGUGAGCAUUCGGAUUGA